UGUAUGAAUUUUGCAUUGACAUUUCACAUUAAAGAAAUAUUUUACAUCGGACUAUUAAAAUUUAGCUGUUUUUGGUGUUUAUUUUAAAAAUUAUUACUUAAAAUUAUUAAAAAACUAAUAAUUAACAUAAAAACCAGUAAUUGGACUAGUUUUUGAAGUGUUUUAACCGGGGUGUUAAUAAAAUUUCAACAAAAAUCAUGAAUGAUUUAAUGAAGCCGGCUGCUGCAGACCAGGGUGCUGAGCAUUUGAUGGCUUUAAUUAAACAGCUGAUUAAGGAGCAGCAAUAUGAGGGAGUUGCCUUGUUAUUUACCAGCAACAAGGAAGCUGAACGCAAUUUACAAUAUUUACCCAAAAUAGCUAUGGAUCUGUAUCAUGACAUUUGUUUGGAAAACCUCAAUGACAAAGUUAACCAAGAGAAUGCCUCCUUGUACGGUUGUGCUGAAGAGCUGCUUAAAAUUGUAGCAACCCAUGCACCGGCCGAAGAGUUGUUACUCGAACUUUUGGAAUUGAUAGAGGAAAGUAAAAGUGAAUUUGUAUUUACCUCAUCCUUAAGAGCUCUUCAAAUAGUUUUGCUUAGACAAGGAGAUGAAAAACCACGUGCCUUGGAAUGGAGCCUGAAUUCAAUAUACAAUCGCUUAGAAGACUUACCCGUACCAGACUAUUUAAAAGAGGGUUAUGAUUCUAAACAACAAGCACUCUUGGAACAAGAUGAUCAAAUACAAAGCCUUUUAAUGCACUACAUUACUGUGGGUCUCUUCUAUGAUCCUCUCAUAAAUGCUAUUUGCUCUAAACCUAGAGAUGAAAAGGAACUAUUUCGUCCUGUGGGCAUAACUAGGCGCAAUGUUUUGUGCUGUUUUCUAAUAGAACUUUUGGGAAAACCUCUGUCUCUUUUGGAUCUAACAAAUGAUGAGGAAAGAAAAACCAACACCUAUUCCCUGCAAUGCGCCAAGUCUUUAACGCAGGCUGCCACCAAAUGUAUAACAGAUCCUCUGUUUCUGUUGUCAUUUGUAGAGUCAAGGGCACGUUUCAAAAGGCGUGAGGAUGAGGCCAAAGGAGUACACGAAAUGAGUUCGUGCAAUAUUUUUCUUAUCAAUGAAAAACUGCCUUUAGACUGUUUGGCCAUCUACUACUAUAUGGUAUUUGUAGAAGGUAUAACUAAAGCAAGCAUACCUUUAGUUUACCACCCAUUAUACAUUCUGGAAACGUGUUUAUAUUUAAUUUAUGAAUUACUACUGCAGGAUGAACCCGCUUUACAUGAAAAAUCUCUACUACUCUUGCAUAAACUUCUAGAGCAAUUAAAAGGUCAUGUAAUUGAUGUCUCUUCGUUAGAUUUGGAAAUACAUAAAUCAUUUUGUACCACACUUUGCAAUAUAGUGGGUUACUCUUCUCAUACCCAGGUGCGUCAAUUGGGUUUAAAAGUUUUACGUCAGUAUAUAUUAAGCUUUGUAGAUGAAGCCAAAUACCUAAUACUCAAAAAUCUAAUGAAAUCAGUAAAUCAUCAUGGCCUGGUGGGUUAUUUAGCUACUCUCUAUAAAGACUUAGUAGCAGAAGCACUGAAAACUUCCUCUCCUCUGCCGGCUUCCUAUAGUGGCAAUGAUUUUCGUUAUAUUUUCCUUAAUAAUAUAUGCCAUUUGCCUCAGGGUGUUGAGACAGAUCUGUUGGAGAACUCUGAUCGAAUUGUGGCCUCGCUUAAUACUCUACGCUUUAUUGCUCUUAAAGAUGUGGAAAAUCGUACUGGUUUUUGGAAUUUUGCCAAGGAAAUUGAAGAGUCCUAUUUAAAUGCUUUACGGAAAGCUUUGGACUUGUCGGUGGCUCAUUUUAAGGCUGAAUUGCAUAAUGUUGAAACGGGCGUAGAACGUCCUUAUAUGGAUCAAUUGAACCUAUUGGAUAUUGAUGUGCAGAAUGAUAAACAAUCAAAAUUGGAUCUGCAAUUUGAUAAAGAAAAACAAAUUAGUAUUCUUAAUCAAAAUCUUUGUACUUUUGAUCUAAUGCGUAGUCUUUUGUCGCGAGCUUGUGAGUGUUUGGAAAGUGCUCCUCGGGCUGUUAAAAGUAAAAUGGAUGUAAAGCAUGUUAAAGAUGUUGAAAAUGUUUAAAUAAAGAGAAAGUGAAAGAAAA